UUCAGUUGAAGAUCGACUUGAGCAAUGUCCAAUCUGGAAGAACUUCUUCAGUUAACGAUCGCCCAAUUUAUAAAUAUUGAUGCAGAUCGAAGGUCCUACACUAAUCACUAUGGCAGGCUGCGCGACAAGCUCUAUUCCACACUGAAGCAGGAGCAGCCACUAGGCAAAUGGCUAUGCGGACACAAACUAGGUGGAAGUUAUGCAGACAACCUAAAAGUAGCCAAGCCCGAUGAGUUCGACUUGGUAAUACACCUGAGGUUUCCGGAGAACGACAGAAUUGUUGUGAGCAGGGAUCAUAGAAAUGCGGGCAAUGUGAUCUUAGACAUGACGCAUGUGCUCAAAGCUCUUCAAAAUCAGCAUCAGCAUAACACAUUGGCGAACUUGAGGAAAAUCGUAACUGCGCAGAAUUUGCUGCUCGAGGACAAGUUGCAGGACCUGAUAAAGGGCGCUGUGACGCGAGCCCUAAAUAAAAUGAAUAACCAAAUCGAAGUCGAUGGCAAGGUGACGCCACUCGAUUACAGAAGAUGUGGACCGGCACACACAAUAUUUAUCGACGAGCCCAACAUGAAGUACUCUGUGGACUUCGUCCCAGCCAUCAGGCUGAAUGCAAAGCAAAGUGUUGUGGUUCGGGAGAAACUGGAGUACUUUCGAAAUAGUCCCUAUUGGAGCGCGAUUCCAAAGCCCUUGAAGCCGUUCAAACCUAACAAUGUGUCCUUCAGGGCGUCCUACUCUGAGGCCGAGUACGCCAUGCUGAAGGAUAACUAUAAGCUAAAGGAUGUCAUUAGACUGAUGAAAAAAUUUCGCGACUCAAAGCAAAAUAUUAGCAUCUUGAAGAGCUAUUACAUCAAGACCCUACUGCUCUGGCAAAUAGCCGCCAGGCCAAAGAACUAUUGGAAAACCAAACAACUCCACGAAAUAUUGAUCGAUAUGUUUAGAGAGCUGGAAAAUUGCUUGGCAACGAGUGCAAAGCUCUUAUCUUUCUGGGAUCCGAAACUGAAUUUAUUUGCAUCCUUCACAGAAAAUCAACGAAUCGAUAUGUUGAAUUGUAUUUCAGCUGAGAUCGAUUUACUAACUACAGCAGCUAUUAAUUUAACAGAUGCCACUCGCCAAGAUAUAACACUCUCAUUCACUAAUCGACAGGAACGUCUAUAAAAAAUAAACAGCAGAGAGAAGAAACAAUCACAUCGAAACCAG